AUGAUCUUCGUCUUCCUGGCAUACUGGGCCAAGGUCCUGGACUCCUCGGCGACAAGCACGGGCUUAUUAGCUUACACAUAUCGUAGGGUCGGCUUUAUAACGUUGCAAAUUCCGUUGACUGUCCUCAUUACUGGAUUUUCUGCCACUUACUUUAUCCCCGGCGCUGACCUCAUCCGGGGCGUUCUCACCUUGCUUCAAUAUAAAGUUACCAAUGUCCACCAACUCUAUGUAUUCAGAUUCUUUGUUGGCGCCGCCGGCAGUCUCUUCCUAGCCGUGCAAUGGUACCUUGGUUGCUGGUACAAGCGUUCCGAGCUCAGUAGAAGAGGAGCACUGUUCUUCAUCGCGAGCCAGAUAGGCGGUAUGAGUUCCGGAUAUAUCCAACGUGGAGCCCAUGCCACUCUCGACGGGAAGCAUGGCGUCGAGGGUUGGCGUUGGCUAUACAUUAGCUUUGCCCUCCUUGGGUUCCUCGCCCUGCCCGGCCAGCCAGACAAGUGCAAGUCUCGUAUCCUCACAGCGCGGGAGAUCGAGCUGGCCCAGGCCCGCAUGGCAAAGGAGCAUCGGGAGCCACCCAAGCCGCUGACCUUGUCGCUGGUCAAGACGGUGCUGUCGGGGUGGCACUUUUGGUCCAACAGCGGCCUCCUGCUGUGGCUCAAGGAGGAAAUGUACAGCGCCGAGUCGAUCAACACCAUCACCACCGUCUCGCCCGCCGUCACGAUCGUCGCGUCCAUCAUCUGCGGUAUCCUGUCCGAUGCGUAUGACGCCAAGGUCUCCCUGAUCGCUGCCACGGCCGGGCUGAACAUCUUUGCGAGCGUCGUCCUUGCGAUCUGGAACGUCCCCGUCGGGCUCAAGUUCUUUGCCUUCUUGCUCUCCUUGUCGGCCGACGGCAUCGCGGCUGUUAUCUAUGCGUGGGCUAACGAGAUCUGCGCCGGGGACGCGGAGGAGCGUGCCAUCGUCAUCAGCAGUAUGAACACAAUUGGAAAUAAUUUCGGUGCCUGCCUGCCACUAUUCGUCUGGAAGACUGUUGAUGCCCCAAGGUAUCUCAUCGGCUACAACUGGACCGUCGCUCUCGACUUGUGCAUGUUGGGAAUGCUGUUCGUGCUACGAUCGUUCUGGAAGCCUUGA